AGAAUGGGACCUUCCAUUCCAAAGAGACACAAUUAUAAUUCUUGGGGUCAGAAUUUGAAAGAACAAAACAACAAACUUCUACUGGAGAAGGUAAGAUAGAAACAUGAUCCGCGGUGGUGCUUUGACACAUGUUGCUUUAGGCUUAACCGUCUUCCUCCUCCUUGCCGUCGUUCACAGCCAGGAAAAGUGCAGCAAAACCUGCAUUGCACAGAAAUGCAAUGUUCUCGGUAUUCGCUAUGGGAAGUAUUGUGGGAUAGGUUACUUUGGAUGUCCUGGAGAGCCACCUUGUGAUGAUCUUGAUGAUUGUUGUAUGACUCAUGAUAAUUGUGUUGAUUUAAAAGGUAUGACUUAUGUUGACUGCCACAAGCAGUUCCAGCGUUGCGUAAACGAGCUUAAACAAUCAAUCCAAGAAUCUAACAACCAAAAGGUUGGAUUUUCCAAGGAAUGCCCUUAUUCAACAGUGAUACCAACCGUGUACAGAGGAAUGAAUUAUGGCAUUUUCUUCAGUGGGAUAGGUAAUAUCAUUAUACCUAAGAAGCCAGCAAGUGCCGGGCCUGUCGUGGAGGUGGAUCUGGCACGGAGUAAAGCGGACACAAAAGAUGGCCUUGGAACAAAUCAAGGCCCUCAAACAAAAGAUGGCUCCAAAGUCUCUGUUCCGAUGAACCCUUCUCCUUCUUGAUCAUUAGGUGACUCAUAACUCUCAAGUUUUGUAGAUUAUUUAACUUUGUUGUCUUAUGAAAAAUGAUCAAGAUCUUGAAUUCUCUCAGGUUCAUGAUUCCCAUGUAUUUUAUACAUUACAUUAGUUUCUCUUUUACUCUAGAUAUGAGAGGAUUCAAAACGAAUUCAUACUUAUAUAAGAAAUCAAAUGUAGAAAAGAAGAAAAAGUGUAUAUGGAUUUUUUUUUUCUAAUAAAUCAAACAUAAAUUCUGUUGUUUCUUGAUGUAAAAAUCAGCAAUGAUACGAAAAUCGAAACAUAUUAAUCUGCAAUCUAUUUGUAACAGAUUGCAUUAAGAAAAUCAUUAGCCGU